GUACCGCCAGCUUGUGCAUCUAAAGAAACAAGUGCGUCGGCGAGCACACAGCAAAACGACUUUGGACCGGAGAAAGGAUCACCCAUGACACAAGAGUGUGAAGUUGCGCAUUCUGUGUCUGUCAACGUGAGCACCCAGCAAAAGGGUGCUGGAAUUCAGUGCCGUCUGAGUGAACAUGGCCUGACUAACGGCGGACGAAGAAACUCACCGCUACCCCUGAGCAUUGCCGACAAGUAUCCUAUUUGGGUUAAUCUAAAUGGUGGGUCUCAUUUCAAGGAAAAGAAGUAUCUACAAGUGGCUGGUUUUGGCGAUCCGAACGCGGCCGGUCUAACCACCAACAAUGACGCAACUGCGCUCACUAUCAUGCCAAGUGCCACCGUGCUUCAAAAGGAUAAGCUGGACGAUGGACAUGAUGAAAACCAGUCUGACGGUCAGCGUUCAAUAAGUAUGAGUAGUAGUCAAAGCCAAGAAAAGGAUACUGCAGAUAUCGAUGACGUAUUGAAGGCAAAAUAUCGUACCACAUACCAAGAGCAUUAUCCUGUCCACGAACGUCUGAGUAGUGAUGAUCGAGAGGUGCCAAGUGGGAUCAACCCGUUAAUUGAUCUGUACGAUAAUAUGCAGCGAAUGACACACCGUCUUCGAGUGUUGGAGACUUGUGCCAAUUCAAUUGACGAGGAAUUCAAGAUUACCCAAAAGUCGGAUAGGCGAUACCCACCGGGGUGGUUCGUCAUCAAGAUCAACGGUACUUGA